AUGGACAUUGAUUAUAACCAUUUCGAAUCUCAUCUCGGCGGCCGAACCUUUCAGAACCUUUCAACAAUCACAACUGAUCAGAGGCGCUCUCUACGGUCUGACAGCUCCGCACCAGUCAAUAACGAAAGUUCGACGGAAAGAAGCGCGUUGCAGUGGGUAAAAGUGCGAAUUUGGUUGGAGUUUGGGGCGUCUGAUAAGUAUGUCAAGAAGGCUCUGAAGCUGCGUGGGUUGGAUGAUGCAGCACUCAAGGUCCAGGCAAACUACAGAUACUAUGACUACUUUACCAAAAAGGCCCUAGAAUAUCGUCUUUACAAGCAGCUCCAAAGGGACGUGCCCACGUUUGCUAUCUGGAAGGAGCUUAGAUUUCGUGAUAUUACUAAAGCCGUUCAGUUGCAGUCGAUCGUGAACACCAUGGAGUUCAAGUUCUACGAGCGCUACGUGCAAGCUUUCCACAAGAGGGUAAAGGCAGAUUACAACGCAAUGCGUGAUCCCACCGGCGUGAUUGUCGCCCGAGGGGCCACUGAAGCGGAGAUGACGGCGAGAACUCUCAUUUUGGUUAACUCACGAAUGGACGAAGCAUAUGCACAAGCUUUGCUGGUAUGA